AUGUUGGCACUUCGAUCUCGAGCAGCUGUUGUUGCUAGAAGAGCACGCACUGCUACUAGCAAAUUCCCUUCCUCUUCCACUGUGAGAUCCCUCCCACAAGCUACCACCGCCGUAGCUCUCUCAUCCAGACGUCAAUACUCUGCGCCUGCUACAGAUAGUUUUUCAACCCGUUCGACUGUUGUUCAACUCCUCAGCAACAUUGGCUCCAAGCGCGAGGUUCAGCAAUAUCUCUCACAUUUCAGCUCCGUGUCUUCUCAGCAAUUCGCAGUUAUCAAGGUUGGCGGUGCGAUUAUUACUGAACAUCUCGAAUCUCUCACCUCGGCCCUUGCGUUCCUCAACCAUGUGGGUCUAUUCCCAGUUGUUGUACACGGUGCAGGACCACAAUUGAAUAAGUUAUUGGAAGACGCGGGCGUGGAACCACAAUUUGAAGAGGGCAUUCGCGUUACAGAUGGAAAGACCUUGGCAGUUGCGCGCAAGCUGUUCUUGGAGGAGAACUUGAAGUUGGUGGAGAAGUUGGAGGAGAUGGGAGUCAGAGCGAGACCAAUCACUUCUGGUGUUUUCGGUGCGGAUUAUUUGGACAAGGAGAAAUACAAUUUGGUUGGCAAAAUCAACAAGGUUAACAAGGGUCCAAUUGAAGCUGCUAUCAAUGCGGGAUGUCUGCCCAUUUUAACUUCUAUGGCUGAGACUCCUGAGGGUCAAGUCUUGAACGUCAAUGCUGAUGUUGCGGCUGGAGAACUUGCCAGGGAAUUACAACCAUUGAAGAUUGUUUACUUGUCUGAGAAGGGAGGACUUUUCAAUGCCGAUACCAACGAGAAGAUUUCUGCCAUCAACCUCGAUGAGGAAUAUGAUUCUUUGAUGUCACAAUGGUGGUGCCGAUAUGGUACCAGAUUGAAGAUCAAGGAGACUAAGCAAUUGCUUGAUCUCCUCCCAAGAUCUUCCAGCGUUGCUAUUAUUCACCCAGCUGAUCUUCAAAAAGAGCUAUUCACCGAUACCGGAGCGGGAACCUUGAUCCGAAGAGGCAACAAAUUAGCUACUGUCAGCGCUCUUUCCGAGUUUGAGGAUAUCCAGAAAUUGAAGGAUGUUCUUGUACGGGAUCGUGAAGGUUUGGAUGCACGAGCUACUGUUGACAGAUAUGUUGACGGACUCAAGAACAAGGAAUUCAAGGCCUAUUUCGAUGAGCCUAUGGAUGCUCUUGCAAUUGUUCUUCCUCCAAAGUCUCCAAGUUCUCUUUCUAAUUUGGCUACCUUUACUAUUACCAAGGCUGGAUGGUUGACCAACGUUGCUGAUAAUGUUUUCGCUGCUAUCAAGAAGGAUCACAGCAAGUUGGUUUGGACUGUCAAGGAGGAUGAUGAAAAUUUGACUUGGUUCUUUGAUAAGGCUGAUGGUAGCUUGUCUAAGAAUGGAGAGGUUAUGUUCUGGUAUGGAAUUACGGAUGGUAAUGAAGUCAAGGAUCUCAUGACUGAGUUUGCCACUCACGGUAGAUCUAUGCUCGGAGAUGCUAACCUUGAGGCACGACUUCACCGUGCUGCUAGAGCAGCUACUGGAAUGAGUGCUGCCAUGUCUGGUCAGGGUGGUAUCAGGCAACAAGCCCGAGCUUUCUCUACUUCUGCUCGUAGACCUGCCGUCAAAUCUUCCCGAACUUCCCGCUUCCCUACAUCAGGGCGCGGAUAUGCUACUACUACCAAUCCUAACCCUCCUUUCGGCAAGCAAAACUCAUCCAACACUCAACCUGCCAAGGUUGCUUUGAUUGGUGCCAGAGGAUACACUGGACAAGCUUUGAUUAGUCUUCUUAAUGCUCACCCAAAUAUGGAUCUCAGACAUGUCUCAUCAAGAGAACUCGCUGGACAAAAGUUGAAGGGCUAUGAGAAGAGAGAUAUUACCUAUGAAAAUCUUUCUCCAGAAGAUGUUCGCAGAAUGGAAGAGAAUGGUGAAAUUGACUGUUGGGUUAUGGCACUACCAAACGGUGUCUGCAAGCCUUUCGUUGAUGCAGUUAACGAGGGCAAGGGUCCUCAAAACAGUGUCAUUGUUGAUCUUUCUGCCGACUAUCGAUUUGACAGCAAAUGGACAUAUGGUCUUCCAGAAUUAGUCAACAGAUCCGAUAUUGCCAAGGCAACUCGAAUCUCCAACCCAGGUUGUUAUGCUACAGCCGCUCAACUUGGAAUUGCUCCAUUGGUACCAUUCCUUGGUGGUCAACCAACCAUCUUUGGUGUAUCAGGUUACUCUGGAGCAGGUACCAAACCAUCCCCAAAGAAUGAUGUCGAGAACCUUACUGGUAACAUUAUUCCUUACUCUCUCACUGAUCACAUUCACGAACGCGAAAUCAGCAACCAAUUGGGUGUUGAAGUUGCAUUCAUUCCUCACGUUGCAGUCUGGUUCCAGGGUAUUCAUCACUCUAUCUCGAUUCCUUUGAAGGAGAAGAUGACUAGUAGAGAUAUUAGAAAUCUUUACCAAGAGCGAUAUGCUGGAGAGAAAUUGGUUAAGAUUACUGGUGAAGCACCUAGUGUCAAGAAUAUUAGUGGAAAGCAUGGUGUAGAAAUUGGUGGCUUUGGAGUACACAGCAGUGGCAAGAGAGUGGUUGUUUGUGCAACCAUUGAUAAUUUGUUGAAGGGGGCUGCAACUCAAUGUUUGCAAAACAUGAACCUCGCAUUAGGAUUCGCGGAAUAUGAAGGCAUCCCACUUGAUUAA